AUGAGCUCUCUUCUGGGCGCAGAUGAGCUGCAGGAGGGGGCGGUGGCGGACGUUGGAGCCCUGGCCGACGUGAUCAGUGCGCUACAGGCCGUGAAUGUCAGCUAUCUGCGCCCGCUGCGCCCCGCACUCCCUGGUGCCGGCGAGCCGUGCACGCAGCUGCAGAAGCAGUUGGAGCAGGCAUGCCCCGGCAUCUUUUCGGGCGCAUGCGUGCUCGCAGGGGCAGCCACCGCGCCGCCCAAGCCCCGCAAAGGGUCGGCGGCGCCGGCCACCGCGCCACCACCCGCGCAGCACCCAGCCACCACCGCAGUGCCACGCCGCGCAGCCGACAAGCCGCCGGCCGCCAAGCGUGCGCGGGUGGCUCGUGUCGCCGUGGCGGCAGACCGCGCUCAGGAGGAGAUGCCGGCCGAGGAGGCCAGCAAGGCGGCAGAGGCCUAUGCCGCCUGCAUCGCCCAGUUUGUGCGCAAGCAUGAGAAGGCAGCGGCGGCGGCGGCGGCGGCGGCGGGCGCAGACGCAGAGGAGGCCAACGGUGCCGCUGCAGCAGGGCAGGAUGAGGAGAUGGAGGAGGCGGGGGAGGAGGAGGAGGAGGAGGAAGAAGACGAGAUGCUGGCAGGCGCCGGCGGCUCUGGAGGCGCCGCGCUGCUGCGGGAUGUGCGGCGGGUGUGCGAGGACACGCUUCGCAUGUGCCAGGCAGGCCACCAGGCCGCGCUGCGAGGCGUGCCUCCCGACGCCCUGCUGGCCCUGCUGCGCGUGCUGCACGGCCUGGUCACGGCGGGCGCGGGGCGCCUACUGGAGCAGGGCGACACGGAGGGCAGCCCCCGUGGGCGGCGCAUCCUGGUGGCGCUGGAGGCCGCCGCCGCCGCGCUGCACAUCAUGACGGUGCCAAACAUGCCGCAGAGAGUGUACAACGAGGAUUUGAUGGAGGCGGUACUGGACCUGCUGCGCUUCCACCUCACCUACAACAUUUUCCCAUUCCACGACCCCCGCCUCCGCGCCGCCGCCCGCCCCCAGCUGGCCGCCGGCGACGAGGAGGCGGCGGCGGCGGCCGAGGCGGCGGCCGCGGGCGGCAGGCGCAAGCUGUCGGCCAAGAAGGCCAGGGCGGCGGCGGCGGCGGCGGUCAAGUGGGUGGCGGUCACGCUGUGCCUGCUGUGGAUCCCCCCCGCCAUGCGCCCGCUGCUGGACCGCUGCCAGUCGCUGCUGCUGCUGCUGGCCGACCUGCUGCGCCUGGUGCGCCUGCCCGCGGCGGCCCUCAUGCCGCUCCUGCGCGCCUGCAUGGUGUCGCUGGCGGUGGAGGGGCAGAAGCUGCUGCAGGAGAAGGCGGUGCGCCUGCUGGUGGCUGCCUUCCAAGCCUACCCGGCACAGGACGCCCGCACCUGCAUCCAGAUGCUGACGGCGGCGGUGCUGCAGAUGAUCCAGGGCUGCGUGGACCUGCCCCCAAUGGAUUGCGACCCCGCCAGCCUGGCAGACUGCUACCAGGGCGCCGCCACCUGCGCAGACUACUUCUGGACGCUCUGCCUCGACAGGCGCGCCUGGCGGGGGCAGCGGGGCGGCUGGCGGGCAGGACACCGCACGGCUGAGCUACGUUGCCCUGGAGCUGCAGGCCCCUUUCCACCACUCCCAGCACGCAUCCUAUGCCCCGCCCACCCCUCCCACAUGCCUCUCAAGAAGAGCGAGACCGACCUCGACUUCCGCCUCCUGCUCUCCUCCCUGCUGCGUGACCUGCUGGCGGCAGCGCACCAGCCCGCCUGGCCCGCCGCCGCCUUCCUGCUGCUGCGCCUCGCGGCGCUGCUGCAGGGCGAGCGGGGGCUGCGCGCCCCCGACCCGCACGUGCGGCAGUACUGCGUGGACCUGCUGGCCAGCCUGGCGGCGCAGCUGUACGCUGACGAGGCGGAGGUGCAGAAGGAUGGGGAGGCGCUGCGCGCGCUGGCGCAGGAGGGGGGAGGGUCUGGCGACGUGGGGGAGGAGGCGCCCCGCCUGCUGCUGCUGUACCUGGCCGACCGGCGGCGCGGCGGCCACGCCUCGUCCGCCUCCGCCCGCGCCUUCAUGCUGUGCCAGGCGUUUGCCGAGGAGGUGACCAACCUGCAGCGGCAGGGGGCGGCUGCGGAGAAGCUGGUGGAGAAGCUGGUGCAGUACCGCCAGCAGCGCGACGAGCUGGAUGGGCUGGUCGCUGACGUGGAGGUGGAUGCGGGGCAGGCGCAGCGCCUCAUGCGCUUCGUGUCCAGCCUGGGCCGCGCGCGCAGCAGCAUGGUGCAGUGGCUGCUGGAGUGCCUCAACCCGGCCACCCAGGCCCCCACGACCCGCUCCAAGGCGGUCAAGGCGCUGGGAGAGGUGGUGCAGGCGGACGCCCGCGUGCUGGACAUUGCCAGCGUGCAGGCGGCGAUGGAACGCGCGCUGCAGGACGAGGCGGUGAGCGUGCGGGAGGCGGCGGUGAGCCUGCUGGGGCGCCACGCGGCGGCCAACCAGUCGCUGGCGCUGCGCCUGUUUGGCACGCUGGCCCGCGCCGCCACCGACCCGGGCACCAGCGUGCGCAAGGCCGCCAUCAAGAUACUGUGGGACAGCUGCAUACGCGCCCCCGGCUUCCCGCGCGCCACCGACGCGUGCAAGCAUGUGCUGAUGCGCAGCGGGGACCCGGAGGAGAGCAUCCAGGACAUGGUGGCCAAGGUGUUCCACAGCCUGUGGUUCACCCCUCGGCUGGAGGCGGGGGAGGAGGGGGGCCGCGCCGUGGAGCGCAGCGCGGCGCAGCGUGCGCAGCAGCUCGCUGACGUGGCGCUGGCCGUCUACGAGGCCGGCGGCCGCGCCAUCCACCUGCCCCUGGACCAGUCACACCCGCUGGUGGCGGUGCUGCGGGCGGCGCUCGGGGUGGGCGCGCGUGGCGACCUCAGGAAGGAGUGGUCUGCCGGGCGCGGUGUGGCGGAGGCGCUGCUGGACCUCUUCCUCACCGCACAGGAGACCUCGCAGUCGGAAGAGCAGGCCGGGUUUGGCCACCUGCUGUCGCUGCACGCGUUUGUGGUGACGGAUGUGGAGCUGUGCAUGCCGCCCAAGGACCGCGCCAAGUUUGUGCGCUCGCUGGCGCCCUACCUCAAGGUCUCGCCGGACGCCGGCGACGGCGAGGCGGGGCGGCGUCGUGGCGCCGAGUCGCUGCUGUGCGUGCUGAGCAUCCUGGACGGCGUGCUGAGCCAGGUGGCGCGCUGCGAGGGCGCCACCCUGGCGGAGCUGCUCCCCGACCUGCACCAGCUCAUCAACAGGCACCCCUUUGUGCAAGUGCUGGCCGCCGCCUGCUCCUGCCUGACCACGCUGGCGACCAAGGAGGGCGCGGCGGCGCGCCAGCUGGCCGCCGCCGCCGCCGUCUACGCCUGCUGGCUGCGCGAGCCGCCGCCGCCGCCGAUGGGCGACCCUCAGGCGGCGGCGCAGCAGGCCGCGCUGCGCUGCCGCUUCCUGUUCAUCCUGGGCCAGCUGUGCCGGCGGGGGGCGCACGUGCUGGAGGCGACGGCGCCAGAGGCGGGAGGGCCGCCGCUGGCCAUGGCCGAGUGCCAGCGCAUCUUUGUGCAGCACUGCGGCGCGGCGCAGGCCAACCUCAAGGUGGCGGAGGCGGCGCUGGGCGCGCUGGGCGCGCUCACCAUCGCCCGCCCCUCCUUCAUGGUCGACAAGCGCUCUCCAGCCAACCGCCUGCUCAAGCUCAAGGCCCUGUCAAAUCUCAUAGAGCUGCUGAGGGCAGACGAGGCAGACAUGACGGCGGCGCAGGCAGACGGCGGCGGCGCUGGGCCCGGCGGCGGCGCUGCCCUCCCCGCCGUGGCCGGCGGCGCCGCCAAGCGGCGCGGCCGCGAGGCGGCGGCGGCGGCGGCCGAGGAGGCCGCGCAGGCGGCGGAGCACGCGGCCCUGGCCACUCAGAACGGGGAGGGCGACACGCUGAGCCAGAGCAGCAGCAUACUGCAGGACAACUGGGACGCGGUGCUGGUACUGGCCACAGACACGGCGGCGGGGGCCCCCGCCUCCUCCCUCAGCCCGCCCGGCUCCGCAGGCGGCGCUGAGCUGGCGCCAGGCACCCACGUGCGGCGACGGGUGGUGGAGCUCAUGGAGAUAGUGCUGCGCGGCGGCCUGGUGGGCCCUUGGACGGCGGUGGCGCCGCUCAUGGCUCUGGCCACAGACCCUCUGGAGGAUGUGCGGGGCCGCGCGCUGCGCCUGCUGCGCCAGCUGUGCGACAAGCACCCACGCUACCUCGACGCAGACCGGCUGUGCGGCGGGGUGGUGAGGGCGUACCAGUUCAGGGCAGCGCUGGCGCAGGCCAGCGGCGAGGGGCCGCGCGGCUGGGCGGGGGGCGCCCCUGCUCAGGCGGUGGCCGGUCUGGCCGCCGUCUACACGCACCUCAUCCAACCCAAGUUCCAGCUGAAGGUCGACUUCCUGCGCGGCCUGCUCAAGCGCCUGCGCGCCGCCUCGUGCCUGGUGUCUGCCGGCGCGGCAGAGGCCGACCUGAGCCUGCUCGCCUUCUGCGCCGACUGCGUGGCGGGGCUGCCCUACCGGCGCGGCGACGAGCCGUGCAUGGUGGUGCAGGAGAUCAACAGCAUCGUGUGCCGCAGCGGGGAAGCGGUCAAGGAGGAGCUCAAGCGCUCGCUGUACGGCAGCGCGGCUCCCGUGGCCCCGGCGGCUAGCGCGGGCGCCGGCGCUGCCGCGGACGCGCCGCCGCCGCCAAGCGCUGCCCCAUCCAGCGCUGUCGUCAUGGCGCAGUGCAAGGCCAGCCUGGCGCUCUCCAUGCUGCUGCUGCUCAAGGAGUUCCUGAAGACGGCCUACAGCGUGAACAGCGAGCGCAUCGUGGCCUUCGCCACAGCGGGGGAGAAGCGCAAGGCCGAGGAGAAGGUGGCUGUGUCUGCGCUGGCGGGGGUGCCCACCUACCUGGACAAGCUGGACCUUGCGGCGCACAAGGACCCCGAGGCGAUGAGGGCGCAGUACAAGCUCUUCAAGCAGCUGAUGAAGCGCGAUGCAGCCGACUAUGGCCACCUGGUGGCUGGCGGCGGGCGCAAGGCGGGCCAGCGGGGCGGCUCGGAGGAGCCCGAGGCGCCAGGCAGCAGCGAGGGCGGCGGCGGCGACGGCGUGGCGUCUCCCGGCGACGAGCCCGGCGACGACCUAACCCCCGGCUGGAUGGAGGGGCUGGGGCAGGCGCCCGCGGGCACGGGGCGCGGCGGGCGCGGGCGCGGGCGGGGAGGGCGCGGCGGGCGGGGAGGACGGUCCACCGGCCGCGGCGGGCGCGGCGGGCGCACCACCGGGGGCGGCCGGGGUAGAAAGAAGCGCAGGGUGGUGGGCAGUGAUGGGGAGGAGGAGGAUUCUGGGGACUCGGGCGAGGAGUACGACCCCCGCGCCACCAGCACCAAGAAGGUCAGCAAGCGGCUGCCCAUGACGCGCUGA